ACGUUAUCAUUGGAUACCUAAACCCGCCUUGCGCCAGGCAGGCAGUGUGGCACAGCUUACGUGCAGGAGUAAGGCAGCCAUGGCAAUUGUUGACCAUAAGGCUCUGAAGUCAAACUCAUCUUCGAUCUCAGCAAGACCGAUGCUAGCAUGUGUCACGAUCGAUUAAGCGGUCGGGUUGGUUGAUACCUUACUUUCGUAUCAAUACCCCGAUGACAACUUGAGAGAACUGCAGUUGCGAGGAUAAUGGACCCGGUAACAGCUGUAGGAGUAGCCGCAGCCGCGGUGCAAUUCCUUGACGCCUCAAUCAAGGUGUACAAUACGUUCCAGGAAAUCAGAGGCAGCUCUAUACUCACUACGAAGCAUAAUGAACAGCUCGAAGAUAAUAUUCGAUCUGUCCAAAGUCUGAGGUCUAGCUUGAAAUCAGCAUGUACACCUCAGGGAGCAAAUGACCCGGUCUCUAAGCUCUCAGACCAGUGUAUAUCAAAAGCUGAUGAACUCUUGAAACUCCUUGAAUAUAUUCGCGGUUCUGGGAAGGAUAUAAGUCGAGCACGAGCCCUCAGCCGCGCAGUUCGCAAACGGAAGGCUAUAGAAGAACUCCAUUACUCCCUUAAGGAGGGCCAGGACACCUUGAACCACAUGAUAACCCAAAAAUUACUACCCUCCAUUGACAUGUUGAAGGUGGAGCAGAGCAAGGAGUUUGCAAAUAUCAAUUCGAUCGGCCAAGAACUCAUCAAAGCACAGCUCGAGCAGCAAAGGAUUCAGGAAGCUCACCAUACCACAUUAACUGAUAAGCUGGAUAGCAUUCAGUGCGACACACAGCUUCGUUUGAAUGAAGCGGAUCAUUUGAAAAAACGCGAGAAACUCUUGGGGAGUUUAUGGUUUCCCGAAAUCGAUCAACGCCGAAAUGAAAUCAAAGAGCCCGCACCGAGAACCUUAGAGUGGCUAUUUGAUCCAGAAUAUUAUACACCCUCGGAAUCUAAUGAUCACCAACUACUCUGGCCAGACUUUAGACGGUGGCUCCGCGAAGAUACUUCCACAUACUGGAUAUCCGGCAAAGCCGGGUCGGGAAAGUCCACAUUGAUGGCACACAUCGUUGAUGAUGAGAGAACAUGCAAAAAUCUAGAAGUAUGGAGCCGUGGAUAUAGGCUCAGAGUUUUGUCGUUCUUCUUCUGGCGUGCUGGAUCCCAACUCCAGAAUAGUGUUCUGGGGCUUCUUCGCAGCCUUCUAUAUCAGCUUUGCAUUUUAGAACCCGAAAUCGCAGACAUCAUACUGUCUAAGUUAUCGUCACCUAUGGCGAUGAUACCAACCUGGACAGAACGAAGUCUGCUGAGCUUUGCUACUGAGGCAAUUCGUUCCAGUAAAGGGACUCGGUUCUGUAUCUUCAUUGACGGACUGGACGAAUACACAGGGCCUUACGAUGAUCUAGUCGAUCACAUUGAUAAGCUGAGCAGCUUUGGCAAUUCAAAAGCCUGCCUUUCUAGUCGACCAGAGGUAGCGCUUACCACGAGGUUCCAAGGCUUGAAACAGCUUCGCCUUCAAGACUUGAAUAGCAACGACAUCAAAGCAUUUGUUAAAGGUUCCCUUCAGAAGACGCAACUGAGCAAGCAUUUUCGUUCAGAGUUAAUCUCAGAAGUCACCUGGAGAUCAGAUGGUGUCUUCUUGUGGGCGUCUCUGGUAGCCCAGUCGCUUGUGAGGGGGUCUAAUGCGGGUGACAGCGAGGAAAUCCUACGGGAACGCCUUGAUACGCUACCCAACGACAUGAACCACCUUUUUGAACAUAUGCUCUCCAAAGUUGACCCUGUUCACCGAAAGUCGUUGGCCUUCUAUGUACAGAUAAUGAACAUCGCUCGGAAAGAUAGCCCCGUCUGGUAUUACGGUUUAGCUAAUACCCUUCCAAUUAUUGUAACAGCACAAUUAGAAAAGGAUAUCAAUUCCUAUGAAGAGUUCUUAGAUGAAUGCAAGCUCACGGAAAUGCGUAUUGCCACCCGAACCGCAGGUCUCCUUGAAGUCGGCUGGAUCAGCGGCAUGGUAUCUCGCUUUCUGAACGAGUAUUAUUGGGAGGCUGCCACUUUCAGAUUUGCCACUACUCACCCGAGAUUUAUGUGGAUACCAGAUAUCUCUAACCGUCGCAUAUGUUCUAAAGACGAACCAUAUCUUGCCAUGUCCUAUUCUGAAUGUAAAAAACUGAAAUGGAUACAUAGGUCGGCAUUCGAGUUUCUCUCCAAUCUGGAUAGCAGUCCACUACUCGAAUACAGCUGGAGCCCUGAGGCACUGUUUCGACAGAUCGGCGAAGCUCAUAUAACCUAUGCGAUAACCGCUCCAUCAUACGUUACAGAUACAAAAAGUUCGUUACUACACGAUCUGUUGACCCCCACCAUGAUUUUUCUAGGUGCAUACUAUGAUGACUAUCCUACAAUCGCUUCAUCCUUGCUCGAUACCUUAUGUACUGUGUGUACACAACUUGACAACAAUGAGUUUCAAGGAACAGAGCAGCGUCAAUUUCUAGCUCCUGAUGCCAUUACGCCUGCCGGAAAGUAUUGGUUCUGGAUUCAAUGUGUGGAAUCCCCCAAGCUCCAACCCUAUGCCUUGUCUCGUUUAAACUUUAUCUUCACUGGAUCCACUUGUGAAAGUCUUGUUGCACAUAUCCUAUGGAGGACCCUCUACACCUUCAGAUCUCCCGACUACCUUGUGAAUACUCUUUCCACCCAACUUGUGAAUAGUCUUGCAGACGUUCUAUCUCGCUCUAUAAUGGAGGGGCAUGAGGUUGGUGGGUUUUCAGAAGCUGCUGAAUAUAACAGCAUUAUUAUAGAGAAAUUCCCACGAAAUGAUGCGCCGGUCAUUAUUCGUAAUUUCAAUAGUGCGACAUGGAAAGAGUCAAUUAAGAAUAGAUGUAUGCUGGACAUCAUGAAGCGGCUGAUGAAGAUUGUUGACGACCAUACUCUGUUCUAUAAUCGACUAGUGCCAAUAUCACUGCUUACUUUGAUGGACUUUAUGGGCCUAUACGUCUCGCCGACUAUUUGGCUCAACAAGAUACGUAUCCAGAUAUCUGCCAAAGCGUGGACCAUGCUAUGGAGCGCUAUUGAUUAUAGAACGAUUGAGACAGGCACCAUUGGAAGGCACAUCUCGGCCACGGAAGUCGAUGGAGCCGUUCAGAUCCUGUGUUGGCCAUCCCAUACGAGCACACAGAAUGUUUCACGUAGAUUCAAUGAUGAUUACGUACACCUAUCUGAAGUUAAAGAGCUGCAAGUUACCGACUUCAUUUGCCUUCGACCCAGUGCAGCGACAUCUGACCGAGUGCUAAGCCUUCUCGGCUACCGUUUUUAUGCCAAUCAAUACAAGUUCGAGUUUGGCAUAUUGCCGGAUACACAGAAACUACUCGAAGUGACGGACAUGUUACUCCAGGAGAUCAAAUCAGAUGAGCAAGGUUUGGAUGGUGGCCAACAGCUCCUGGCUGCUGCUUGCGUCAAGGCAGGCCUGCUGAACAUCGAUUCUGACCAAUUCCUCCACAUCAACGAUCCUGCCCAAUCUUCGCACGAUGGUAACAACUGAUUAGCACUUGCUAAGUUUUCUCGGGCACUGAGUAACCCAAUGGAGACACGUGUAUUGCAAAAGCCAGUCACUCAUCCGAUAUUUCUGAGGCAUAGAUAGUUACACUAGGCUCUGGGAAAUUAGCUAUUAUGAUUUGAUCACCGGAAGAUGGUAAAGGAAAACUUGAUGAGAAAUCCGUUGUGGCUCCCCUUGCAACACAGUCCCUAAAACACACCGACGUUCAAGAUCUUGACUUCCUUCUCUCUUUCUCUCUCUCUUUUUUUUUUUUUUUUUUUUUUUUUUUUUUUUCCCAUCUGGCCGGAGAUUCCAGCUAGUGCACCUCUUCUAGCCUCUCAUCGCC